GAAGAUGGAAAGAAAGGAAGGUGGGAGCAACACAACGGCAUUUGGAGAUCCGCAAUCAGGUGGCCUCGCGUGAUUUCCGUGUUUGGACCGAAAAUUCGAGAUUCGACUCUGGCACGUGACGCGUUAACGACCUCAUUACCAACAAGAAAGAAAAGAGUGGCCCUGAUUUAAUUUCGUCGGGUGUUUGUUUCACUUCGUUGAGAUCCGGCACCCUCCGAAGCAGCCACCCGCGAUUCAUCAAAACCCCGAUUCGAAUUGGCCGAGUUGAGUCUGACAAUGGCGGACUCGGUCAACCCGCCGACCCGCAAUAUCUUUGCGCGCAUCCAAAAUGCCACCGACCAUGAGCUCCGGACAGUGCUUUCGGGUCUCUGUGCGGAUGAAGCAACCAGGAAAGAGGCAAUGGAAAUGUUCAGUCGCCUGGAAAAGUUGAAGGGAGGCGACCAGCCACCCACAACGCUGCACAUAUGUCUCAACUGCAAAGCGUCCUACAGCGCGGGCCAGAACACAUCUGACGCCUGCCGCUAUCACCCAGGCGUCGUUGAUAUCAACCACGAGAGCGAAGCUUGGGAAGACUGCGACCCUUGGCAAAUCUACGACGACGACGAGAUGCGGGAGGAACACCCGGAGGGGUUCAUGUGGACCUGCUGCUACAAGCCCCUAGAUACCGCCGGCUGCAAGCCGGCCUUCCACCAGCAGGGUGGCGCAAAGGCGCCAGCAGCCUCACCCUCGCUGCCCGCUGACGAGAAGGGCGGAAAUAAACGUGCCCGCCGAUCCUAA